UUGAUUUUGAAUUUGAGUUCUGAUAGUAAGAUUUCUGCAACCCAAAAUAUUUCAGUUAAUAUCUAAAUUACAGAUUUGUAUUUACAAAUUAUUGGAGGCUCAAGUCUUGUUUUAGGUUAUUAAAAUUAAAUGGUCUUAAAUACAGAUUCGAGAGAUUAUGAGAUUUAAGAUCAAAAUUCAGUUUCAAAUAUCAACUUUAGUUGGAAGUGUUCUAGUCUAUCCUCUUAGGACCAUAUUUGCUAUGAUUAUUAAAAUAAGUAGAUUUAAUUGCAACAAGGUGUCAGUAAUAUCUCGUUUCCUGCUAAAACAUUUUAGCCAUACACUGCUAUUUAAAUUAGAGUUAUUGGAUAAAAAGAUACUAGAUAAUCAAAUUUCACCACUACUUGCAUAUUCACAGAAUUAAAUAUUCCCCCAUUAAAUAUUUUAUAAACAACAACAAAUUCAGAAUUUGGAACUAUUUUUAAAAUAUAGAUCCCUCAAAGACAACAAUUUAAAUAAGAUUUUCUGUAUAUAAUCCAUUCAUUAUUUGUUCUGCCAAGCUUGCCAACAAUUAGCAUUUAAAUAAAUAUUCCCCCUUAGAAUUGUGUCUUAAAUAUAAAUCCCUUAUAAGGCGUAGUCCUCGAAACUGUCUUCUAAAUUUAAUUGUUGAAUUGUACAGAUGAAGAUCUUGCUCUAACUUACUAGUUCUUCUAUUACAAUAGUUAAGAUGACGCCCAACAAGAAUUAGUUUCUCCUUGGAAUAUAUUAAGAAGAUAGAUAUAAGAUUAGACUAUAAACAACUCAAUUUAAACAGUGCUACCUCAAGGAAAUCUAGUUUUUAUGGUUCAAGUUAUGGAUUCUUACCUAGGAGUUUAUAACACCUCUUCUAUAAUACAGGUUCAGACUUAGAAUAAAUCAGCUGAUGAAUAUUAUAAACUGGUCAGUCAACUCACUUCAUAAGCUUUAUAGAGCUCAAACAAGUAAGUCACAAACCAACUAGCGGCUUUAAGUAUUAUUGCAGAAGACAUCAGUAAAAAUAAUUAAUUUUCAUAGCAAUUAAAUGAUUUAGAAAGCUUGCUGAUUUAAAAUAUAUAACAAUUGUCUCUUUAAAUACCUAAAUUUUCUCUUUUGUCAACAUUUGCCAACAAAGUAACUGCUUAGUUAUCAUAACUAAUCUUUAGCUCAUCAUAAUAAAACAACAUUACAACAUAGAAAAAUAAAAUAUUUGAUUAAUUAUAAACAAUACUCCAAAAUAUUAAUUCAAGAAUACAAAGUAGUAAUCUUAGUCAUUUACAACAAAAUAACGAUAUUUAAAUUCAAAAUAUUGUUGAUUCUUUUAAAUUUUUAAACUCAAGCGUUACUUUGCAGAGUAAUAACUCUUAUGAAGAUUUUGAGUCAUAUGAUAAAAUAUCAAGUUAGAUUGGAAAUCUGCUUAAAAAUAUUAGUUUACCAAACUAAGGACAAACCAUUCUAAAUGGUGACUUGUCUACUCUUUUAUCUGAUAAAGUAACAUAGAAAAAUCUAUUCAAAUACGUUUUAACUUUAAAUGACACCAAUUCUGAAAAUUAAACUAGCAUAUUUAGUAUUUCAAUAAAUAAUUAUAAAUAAAAUAUUUAUGAAAAUACUUCAGAAUUUUAGUCAUACUUAUAGAAAUUCAAAAAUAUUAGUUAAAACUUCACUUACUCUAAGAAUGAAUUAAUAUCACCAUAAAUUUAUAAUUCUUCUUCUUAAGCAACCUUAAACCAGUCUACUAUAGCUUACUAAUUUAAUAAUGCAAAUUCUAGUAAGUUAUAUAAUAUGACAUGCAUCUAAUAAAGCGAUCUAUCUUGGAGCAAAUAAAAUUGUAGUAUCACUAAAUUUACUUAAAAUAAUUACGUUUGCUUAUGUAAAUCCUAAAAACCUACAACUAUCAUUGAAGAUAUUGAUGAUAUGUUCUCAAAAAAUAAAAAUCUGUAGAGUGCAUUUGGAGAAUAAGGAUUAUAAAAUAUAGCAAGUUUUGAGAACUUUUAUAUGUAUAUUGUAUUUUGGCUAUUGAUUUGUUUCACAUUCUUUUAAAUUUUUUUAUUUAUCAUUGGAAAAUUCUUAGAUAAAUACUCAGUAAAAAUAAGAUACUAAAAAGUUCAUAAUCAAGAACUAAAUAACUAAUAAUAAAAUUAAUUAAAAGAGUAGAGAUAACAAUAAUAAUAAUUAUAAUAAUAAUAAAUCGAUGAAAAUAACUAAAAUAUUUGUGAACAUUCUUAAAUGAUUAAUAAUGAUAUAUUCCAAAAUUUUCCUUUUACUCAUUAAUUUAAAAGUAAUGAAAAUAUUUAACCAGAAAUAUAAUAAAAUCAAUAAAUUUUAUCACCUUCUGAUUAGAAUAAAGGUAGUUAAUUUAAUAGAAAAAGAAAAAGAUAAAAAUUCCUCAACUUGUAUAUAUAACAAACCCAAAGAAACUUAAAACAAUUUUAAGAACAAAAUAUUGAAAUGAACGAAGAAAAGGCUGCUGAAUCUAAUUAAUUAGAAAUAAUUAAAUAAUAAUCAAGUUCUAAAAGUGUUGAAAAAUUCAAAACUCAAACAAGCUCAUAAACCGAAGUAAAUGAAAUUAAAGAUGAAGACGAAAUAUAAAAAAUCAAUGUUUAUUUGUAACUUCCUAAAGCGAAAUAGGUAAUAAUAGCCAUAAUUAACAGCUCAUUAAUGA